AAAAGUUAGAGAGAGAGAGAGGGGCAAAGACCAAGCGGUGUCGUUUCCUUCGUAGUUGUGAACAAAAGCUUCUCGUUUUCUAGGAUGUCGACGUCGUCGUCAAAGAAGAUCGUGCUUCGGAGUUCGGACGGCGAGUCUUUCGAGGUGGAGGAGGCGGUGGCGCUGCAGUCGCAGACGAUAAAGCACAUGGUGGAGGACGUCUCCGACGACAGCGCCAUCCCCUUGCCCAACGUCACCAGCAGAAUCCUCUCCAAGGUUAUCGAGUACUGCAACCGCCACUCCGAUGCCUCCUCCUCCGCCUCCGCCUCCGCCUCCGCCGGCGCCUCUGACGACAAUGAUCUCAAGUCCUGGGACGCCGAGUUCGUCAAGGUUGACCAGGCCACUCUCUUCGACCUCAUUCUGGCUGCAAACUACUUGAACAUCAAGAACCUGCUGGACUUGACAUGUCAGACCGUGGCAGACAUGAUCAAGGGAAAGACCCCAGAAGAGAUCAGGAGUACCUUCAAUAUCAAGAAUGAUUUUACUCCCGAGGAAGAGGAGGAGGUUCGGCGUGAAAACCAGUGGGCUUUUGAGUGAUUUGCGGUUGGUUUUUUGAGUUUAAUGGAUGGGAACGACUUGGUGGAUCAAUGUGGGCUUUUCAAAAACAAAACAAAAAAGGGAUCAUAUGGUGCAAGUUUAGUGUUGGUUUUACUCUAGGCGUAGUUGUUCAUCUUUAUAUAGUGUUUUUGGCUGUGGAGCUUAGCUUUACUCGCUUUUGGGCUCCUCAAAUUGUAAAGAAUUGCCGGAUAUUUUGAUCAGGGUUGGCAGUGUUUUAUGCUCUUUAUCUAAUUAAUAUGACAAUGGUGUUCCAUAUUUUCGGAAA